AUGAAGAGGUAUUCACUGAAUCGAAAUCCCAGUACUGGCUCAGAUGCUGAAAAAGCCUUAACAGAGCAGUAUAAGAUCAUGGGGACCCUGGGCCGUGGACACUCCGGGGAAGUAAAGCUUGCUGAACAUCUCAGCACACAGACCAAAGUGGCCAUAAAAAUUCUUCAAAAGAGCAAGAGGAAUGCCCGCAGUAAAUCAGAAAUAGAAAUCAUGAAAGACCUUGAUCACCCUUAUGUUAUUAAGAUGUUCCAGGUGAUUGAUACCAAAGAUAACAUCUACAUGGUUCUUGAGCAUGUGGCAGGUGGAGACCUGAUGAGAAGGGUUGGGAAGGCGGGCUAUCUAAAAGAGGAGGUGUCUCGUAGGGUAUUUAAACAGCUAGUAUGUGCCCUACACUAUUGCCGUGGGAAAGGGAUUGCCCAUUGGGACAUAAAGCCGGAAAACAUACUACUGGACAAACAUGACAGUGUUAAACUGAGUGAUUUUGGGAUAAGUGUCAAACUUACCUACAGGCAGAAGCUGACAUCUUUCUGUGGCACACUCCCCUACUGCGCCCCAGAACUCUUUGAGGGCAAUGCGUAUGACGGAUUUGCAAGCGAUAACUGGAGCUUGGGUGUUGUACUCUAUUUCAUGUCUACGGGGUAUCUCCCUUUCCAAUAUUAUACCUAUGAAGGAAUAAAGAGGAGAGUCCUGGAAGGCAAGUACUCCAUGGAAUUCAAGCUGUCGCCAGACCUUUGGGAAGUGAUCGCUAAGUUGCUAACUGUAGACCCCAGAAAAAGGCCAACAAUAGGUGAUAUUAUGAACUUUUCAUGGGUAGAGAACAGUGAUAGAAGUUCUCUCAAUUUAGCUGUAGAGGACAGCGACAGCCAACUGGACCCCAUAGUCAUGGUGAUCAUGAAUGACAUGGGGUACAACUCACAGGAGAUAGAGGAAGCUUUACAAAAGAAAAAGUUUAAUGAAAUUAUGGCGACAUACUUGCUUCUGAGGCAACAGUCACCCUGGAAGGGCACCUUAAUAAAAACAGUGCCGCCCGGGGAGCCAGAUGAAAACCUGAACCUUGUAGAGCCUCCCAGCUUUCCACUGGGCCUCCAGGAGGCAUCUAGUGCCCUUACCGGUCCCAUCUUUUUGCCCACUCAAUCUGAACUUCUGGGUGAUGAAAAGAAGAUUGGUAGAAGCGUUAAUAUUCCCUGCCUACCCCAUACUCAAAAAACCUCCAUGCUGCAUGGUCAUGACACUCAAUGUAUGAGCAGCAUCUGCGGGGAGAUGGGGAACAGCAGCAUCCGCCGGCAGGGGAGCAGCAGCAUCUGUGGGGGAGCAGGAGCAUCUGUGGGGGAGCAGGAGCAUCUGCGCGGAGACGGGGAGCAGCACCAUCUGCGGGGAGAUGGGGAGCAGCACCUCUGA